GUGCGUGAAUGUGUGUGCAAACACACACACCGGUACAUUUCCCACUGCAACAGCGGUUCUCCUCGCACCUAUUCCUGGUGUUUCUCACUAGCACGUCUCUCCUUUGAGUUCUCAGGCCAUACCAGAUUCUCAGGAGAGAAGCUCUCCAGUGCUCCCGGACAAUGGCAGGGAAAAAGGUCCUGAUAGUCUAUGCACAUCAAGAGCCCAAGUCCUUCAACGGAUCUCUGUUGAAGAUUGCUGUGGAAGAAUUGACCGAGCAGGGCUGCAGUGUCACGGUGUCGGAUUUAUAUGCAAUGCAGUUUGAGCCAAGAGCAACAAGAAAUGACAUUGUUGGUCGCUUGCACAACUCGGAAGCGUUCAAUUAUGGUGUGGAGACGUGGGAAGCUUACAAGAAGGGAGGUUUGUCCAAAGAUCUGGUUGAAGAGCAAAAGAAGGUGCAGGAAGCAGACUUGCUGAUUUUUCAGUUUCCCUUGUUUUGGUUCAGCAUGCCUGCAAUCCUGAAGGGCUGGAUGGACAGAGUCUUGGUCCAAGGCUUUGCUUAUGAUUUGUCCAAGUGUUAUGAUGGCGGUUUGCUCCAGGACAAAUUAUCCCUGUUUUCUUUCACCACUGGAGGAACCAAAGAAAUGUAUUCAAAUGGAGGUAUCGGUGGUGAUAUUCGCUAUGUUCUGUGGCCCAUGCAGCAUGGAAUCAUGCACUUCUGUGGUGUCAAAGUCCUUGAACCUCACAUCUGUUAUGCUCCAGAGAAUGUCUCUGAGGAGAAGAGGAAGGAGAUGCUGACUGCCUGGACCCAGCGUCUGAAGACUCUUUGGAAGGAAGAACCCAUCAACUGCUCUCCUGAGUGGUAUUUCAAGUAGUGUUCAGGUACAAGACUACAGAGAGAAGAUCGUUUUUCUUCAUUCUUUUAGAUGCUCUAUCUAAAUACCUGAAUGCUAAUCUCCUAAUUCAAAUGUCUUUUAAGAAUCUGGAAGACAGCAGCUAGCAGCUUAACUGAAAA